AUGGCUGACCUAGUUCAAUUCAUAUGUGCAAAUUCCGAUCAUUACCAAAUCUUGCCCGUUUUGAAACAGUUCAUAGAACGGAAAGAUAUUAUACUCGAUACAAAUUUCUUAGAAACGCUAAAACUGGUGCUAGAUACCCUCGAAAAAUCCAAAGAUUUUGGCGAAGAUUUAGCCACUAACGUCUUGUUUGAGAUUUGUUGGCCGAUCGUGUACAAAUCUAAUGACAGCAAUCAGCCUUCUGUGCACAGGCGAAAAAGGCUUCAUCUUUGUUACGAUAUUAUAGCCUUCUGCUGUUCAGUGUUUCCAGAAACUUUGCUUCCAGUGGUAAGCGAAAAGUGCCUUCAGAUUUUAAAGCGCUACGUCGUGGAAUUGGGUUCAACAGAGGAGAACGCAGUUGAUGUCUCAGUAACACUAGAUCUUAUUGGAAAUCUUGUGAAGCCAGCUGCCUUAAGCCCUUCGGAAAGUACUCAUAUAAUUUCUGGAGAACUUGGAAAUACGCUCUUUCAGGAGUUAUUAAAUAUUUUACCUUUUACAACUGAAAGCUUAUGCGGGAAAGUAACCAGCCUUGUUCUUCCAAAUUUCUUGGAAUUUGAUAGAGAAACACGUUGCGAGGUGAGUCACAGGUCACCGUUAGGAUGUUAACAUUAUAAGUUUCGUGAAUGAAAGUGAUCCUCGCAGUAAUGUGCACUACUUGAGCAGUAGUGAAAAUAAGGCCUGAAAAAAAUUCAGGCCUCUACGGGAUUUGAACCUAUGACCUCUGCAAUACCGGUGCAGCGCUCUACCAACUGAGCUAACAAGCCAACUGGGAGCUGGUCAUUAUGUUGGUUCCAAAUAAACCCGUGAAGUGAUGAAUGAACGGCUAAGAAUAUAUAUUUGUUAGCUCAGUUGGUAGAGCGUUGCAGCGGUAUCGCAAAGGUCAUGAAUUCAAAUCCUGUACAGGCCUGAAUUUUUUUCAGGCCUCAUUUUCACUACUGCUCAAGUAGUGCACAUUACUGUGAGGAUCACUUUCAUUCACGUCUUUACCCACAGUUCAAAUAUAUGACUUUUAUGUAUUCUUAGCCGUUCAUUCAUCACUUCACAGGUUUAUAUGGAACCAACAUAAUGACCAGCUCCCAGUUGGCUUGUUAGCUUAGUUGGUAGAGCGCUGCAACGGUAUCGCAGAGGUCAUGGGUUCAAAUCCUGUACAGGCCUGAAUUUUUUCAGGCCUUAUUUUCACUACUGCUCAAUUAGUGUGCAUUACUGCAAGGAUCACUUUCAUUCAUGUCUUUAUCUGCAGUUCAAAUAUAUGACUUUCAUAUAUUCAUAGCCGUUCAUUAUAAGUUUCAUAAGGCUGCGCUUGAGAGAGAUUCUAAAUUAAUUUUACACUACAUGGAAAAUUUUAAUACUCAAACAAAUAACCCUGAACCUUAACACCCCUCAGGGUGAUUGAUUAUGACUGGCACCUACAAUUUUUCAUUAAAGUAUUGCUGCUGAAUCAAAUAUUAAGCACAUGGCAAACUUGAAAACUUCUAGAUUUUUAACUAAAUUCUCAGUCAGUGCCAUAGGAAAUAUAGAAAGAACAGUAUGGAGAAUGAACAUACUGAUCUUAGGGUGUAAGGGGUUUAGAGGUAUUCUAAGACAUUAUUUCUUUUUCUGUGCAUGCUUAUAUGGCAACCAUCUUUGAAAAUGUUAGAGAUAAAUUUUCAUGUCAAAUUUGUCCAUUAUAAUGCUUUUCAAGAGCCUGAUCAGCUGUAAGAAUCAAAUCAUUAGUACUGAUUGAGAGUACUAAAGCCUUUCUAGUGAGUGGCAUUCAUGUGUGAUCAUGGUGUUAUUGCUGAAUUAACAGGCUGUGUGGAUUACAGUGAAACAGAUAUUUGAAUCCCAAGCAGCUGGUUCUAUUCCUGGAACAUUCAAUCAAACCUAUGCCAUUCUUUGUGGUCUUGCUGAUUUCUUCUACACUUGUGGCAAUGAAAGUCUCUUUCACAAAGCAGAGUUUUGGGAAAUCAUUCAGAAAGGACUGGUGUUAGAGGAACCUCUUUCUAGGAAAAGAGCUAUGUAUCUGUUGAAGAGAACAUUGGACUUGCUAGAUAAACAACCAUGUGAUUUACUGGUGCAGAAUGACAAAGGAUUGCAGAUAUUUUGCUGGUCACGCAAUAAGAAGGACUCUCGCAUGAGAGUAUGGCAGGAUUAUGUUCUUUUAAUGGAGACACUGGAGGAAAAGCAGGUAUAAUAAAAAAAUUCACAGCAGGUAUUCAGUCAUCCUUAAGCAAAAAUAAAGUGGUGUGUGUAAAACUUUUUUUUUUCCUGUUACCAAAUGUGUGUGUUCUCUGACUUCAGACAAGUAUUCUCUUUCUUAACUCUCAAGAUCUGAUUUACAAUUCUUCUUUCUAGACGCAAAACCAUUCCUUCUAACCCUUUAACUCUGAGAGGUGAUCAACAUGUAAUUUCUCUUUAUAAUAUCUAUACAUCAUCCAGCGAACAGGUAAUGAGAAUAGUCAAAGUAUCAAGUUGUUCUCUUGAUCUAACACCAAAUUCUUAUAACUUACUCGCAAGGAAAUGUCUCGCAACCAGAUGAGAGAAUGAACAAUCAGAUGUUGGGAGUUAUAGGGUUAAAUACGUCAAGCGAAUUUGAUAUGACAUUUAUACCAAAAUAGCAUCUCCAUUUGACAAGUUUGUCUAAGCUCAUCACAUGUUUGAACAGUUUUACACCCUGUAACUGUUAAAUCCUUUUCUGGGCUUUGUGGAGCAUCAAUAAUGACCAUCGUGUGUAGAACCAAUAUGAACAGGUAGCUAAAUAAAAAUCGGCAUGUCUACAGAUGUACAAGACUGAUGUGUUAUAUUAUUGGCAGAAGAAUUUGCAUCUCAAAUUAUGAUACCCACAAACUUUCUUUCAGGGGCAUCUUAUCAAACCAGUGCUUCCUCGGAUCUCAAGUAUCAUAUGUGCCACAAAGAAAGACAACAAUGGUCAGAUACUGAUUGCUAAAGAAUAUGUUAACUUUGUGAUAAGUUUUAAGGAACAUUUGUACUUUGUCAGUGAGCAAAUGUUACACUGUGGUUGAUAUUUAUAUAUAAAUUAGUAAUUUGAUACAAACAGUUUGAAUUGCUUACAUUUUGAAUAUUUCUCUUCCAUAAGAGCAAGCAAAAAUGAAAAAGACAGUCUGCAUGAAUUAAAUUAAAAUGAUGAUCAACCGGGCGCUGCUUAAGUUGUGCAUCUCAUGAUUUAGAGGGAUGCAAUUUUCCUAGAAUAAAUAAACAAUAGCCUCUAUUUGGCACAAAAAUAUGCACAAAUAUUUGUCCCUUGGUAUAAUCUGUUCCAAGAUCUGAACAGUUUUCUGAGAGUGAAGUUCAAGGAAAACUGUGAGCUUCGAGGAACAGAUGAUGCCCAGGGACAAAUAUGCUAACAUAUUUUUGUGCAAAAUAGAGACUAUUGUGUUUAUUAGCCUUUCAAUAUUUCACAACACGUGUGAAAAAAUGUUUAUAAACAGCUUACUAUUUGCUGCAUGAGAUAUUUUAUUUUCAGUUUUCUUUGCAAAGAAUUUAUGGACAAACAAAUAUUUCCUUUCUUCAGUAACAACCUUACAACGCUUUCUCUCAUCUUGAAUUUAAUAUUAAACAAACACUUAUCAUAGUGGACAUAAGAUUCAAAUUGGGAAAUAUCAUCUGGGGGAUAUCCUCGGAUAUCCCCAGUUUUAGUCGAGGAAUGUUUGCUCACAUGAUGCAUUUAGGCCAAUUGUGCACAAUCAAAAAUAUUUGAUGGAUUAUAACCACAGAUAGCAGAAAAGGUGUGUUCUUUUAUUGUGUCAAACCCAUAGGCUCAUUAUAAAAGAGAGGGUGUUUGAAAUUGGGAAAUGGCCCAGAUAGAUUUUCACACCCAUGAGAACCAGUCUGUAUUACUUAAAAGCAUGUUUUCAUGUUUUCCACUGUUAUUAACCCUUUAACUCCCAGAUUACAUUUGUAAUUCUCCUCUCUGUCAGCCAUGCAAUUCUUAUAAUGUUAGUUCAGAGAAUUUAGCAUUGGAUCAACUAAUUAUCCCCAAAUUGAUAUUUUUCUUUACUCUCAUCACUUAUUUGGUUGAUAUUGUAUUGAUAAUGUAAGGAGAAAUUGUAUCUUGAUCACUCAUGGAAGUUAAAAGGUUUAAUUUUUGAUUGUCUGUUUUUGGUUUUUUGUGUGUGCAGGUGAUGUAAUGCUGGACAUUUCCUGGCUUCUGACACUGUACCAAAGAGCAGCUCAACACGACACCAAGUCCAUCUGCCGAUGGGCCAUUCUCGACCUGCUCAGCAUGGACCUGUGUGAUUCACCACUUCUGAACACCUGUCACUGGUGGUUCUUAUACGGCCCUCUAAUGAACAUGCUCGCUGAGUAUGCAAUCUACACCAGAGCAGACGAUGGCCUCAGAGGAGACCCUCCCCCUGUGGGGGCUGCACUUGUCGCCUUCUUCCCAGAGUUUGUAAAGGCCCUGUCAGCAGAUAACAGAAAUUUAUUUUGCUCGGGGCUCUUAUCUGCUGUGGUGAAACAAGAGUUUUCACAAGUUCCUUUGGUCUUCAUAUCCCAGAUGUUAGCAAGUCUGCCGUCUUGCCCAGUCUGGGAUUCUAGUGCAUUGGCAAGCAUUCGUGACAUUUUCCCUCUCUUUAGACCGUUCAGCCCACACCUGACAAGUGCUAUUCAGAGCUUUCUCCUCAAGGCAGUUAUAAAUCUAUGUGCCCCCAGGCGUGUGUCAUGGAAAGACAUUGGAGAUUUUCUUUCUCUUUUCACAAAGGAUGAUUGUUUAUGCCGAGGGAAUACCUUGUGGGAAGCAGCAGUUCACUGGGUGUGGGAGAUCCGUGACUUGAUCGGUCAAGAAAAUUUCAGCCAAACCAAUUGUAGUCAAGAUAAAAAGGGAUUGUCAGGCCUGUUCGAUCACCUCAGGGAAGGUGUGGAGGUUCUUCUUAACGACGAGAAACUAGAGUUAUCAACCAGUGAUCCCGAAAUGCAGUCUGUGAUAAGGUUAAUGAUAAUUGCAUGCGAUGCUCAUCUUAAGUUCUCAGAGAAUUCAACCAAUCGAAAGCAACCAGUGGAUGAAAUAUUCCAGAAUAUUGUGGAGGUCCUUCAGCAUGCAAGCCGACAUGUUUAUGCAUCGGAGGGUAGGACUCAAAGAGCAGCCAUGAUGCUGUCAGGAAUCUUAGAGCACAUGAAUAGCACAGCAGCCAUCAAAAACACAGAUGGAAAAACAGAUGACAUCGCUGUGAAGGAAGUCGAUGGCAGUAGGGAGAUCAUUGAAAACGUGUUUGGACGCAGUGGCGUAGACAACUUCGAGCUGUUGUUGAGGAAACUCACCACCGUGUCCGUGAAUUUCUCCCAAAUAGAUAGCAACUCUGCGUUUCUUGAUCUCGCUGUUCAGCUGUUGCUGUUCACAAAAGUCUCUGGGAACUCUAGUCAGAGUUUGGAAGUGUGGCACCAAUUUGUUGAAACCCUUACACAGCGAAGCCGGAGAGUUGUGUUAGGGAAACAACCAGACAGAGAACAGCUAGCACUGAGUGAUUGGCAUGCAUUUGUUUUGUCCAUGAAAUGCUUAGCGUGGUGCUGUGCAGCUUUGAGAACCAAACCUGACCUGUAUACCACUCAUUUAGCAUCCACCUUGUUGCAGACGGUGACAGAGCUUGAUCUGAGCUCCGAGUUUCCAACACCAAAGUUUCUAUACCCGGUCGAUGUUCGUAGCGAGUCUUCAACCGAAUCAAGUGUAUUCCUCAAGAAAGGUUGGGGGAGACUGGUCUCUGACUUUAUCGAAGCUCAGUGGCAGUGUGUUCAAUUUCUGCUCGAGGAAUCCCAGGGAUCUUCCGAUGGAAGGGACAUGGAACUUGGCAGCAAAUUGGAGCGCUUCUUGGCGGAUCUGCCUGAGGCUGCCUUAGAGGCCCUUUCUUUGGGCUCAGGUCUUGCGGUGCUUCCCGUCAUAAGAUGCGUGCGCUUGUUGACUCCUCGAAUGCUUCUAGCAAACGACUCGCUGUGUUCACAGGCUCUGGAGGCAGUUUGGUGGACUUUUCAGGAUCGGCAAAAAGGCGAUCAGAUCUGGUUUUGGAGAACGUUGCGGGAAGUUUCACAGGUGUUUUUUAACCCCUGUCUCCUGAUACUGGCCGAGGACCACCCUGUGACCGCAUUCGUGCGAAGGUACUGGGGAGAAUUGUCGGCUCUGGGAGAAGGUCGUCCGGGUAUUAUGAAUCAUGUGAUCGGGCCGUGCUGUGAAUUCUGGGCUGGCUCUCCUUGUGAUCGUAUCCUUGGGAACCUAGUUUAUCAAAUCAGUGACGAAAAUCGCAGUCAAAGCUUAGAUGUUCACCUGGAUUUCAUUACUGAAGCUUGUUUUUUCGGUCCCAGGGAAAAGAAAACGGCGCGAGGUACAAAUUACGUGCUGGAAUACGUUCGUCGGUUGGGCAGGGAAGGGGUGAUUUGUUCCUUCAAGUCGGACGAGUUGCGCGAUGACACGCGAGUGCGAGUGAACGCGAUUAACGUGUUAAUGACUUUAAAUCCGAUGGACACUCAGGAUGCGAAGCUUCUACAACGUCUCGCCGAAUCUUUGAUCAGUAAGAACGGCGAGCUGUCGGAAGAUAAACCCCGUUCCUCUAUUAACUCGUACUCACAUAGGAGAAAGCACCGAGUAUGGCAAGCUGUUCUCGUGGUGCUCUCUCGCUUUUUUGAUGCCGACGUCGUUGAUGAGAUGUUUGCCAGUCGAGUGUUGGAAGGGAUUUUCCGUGCCAUUCUUUCCGAGAACCAAAUGUCGGUCCGGAACUUUCUUCAAUGGGGAGUGGUUCUGAUCCUAGGAAAGUAAGUUCGUUAGGAAGUGCUCUAACGCAGGAAAUAAGGCACAUCUUUUCUCACCGAAAAAAAAUCGUGGUCGUUUCAGGCAUGUUCUUCGGUGAUCUCCAUUCUCAGAGCCAAACCAGUUGUUAAUGGAGGCACCCUCCCUCCCCUCUCUCCCCAAAGUUUCCGGUGGCCUAAGCUUCAGAGCGCUGAACAUACAUCGGCGCAGAUCAGAAAGCCUUUGCUCAACACGAAUCUAGGAUCAAUUUCACUAUGUUGUGUCUUUGGAGGAAAAAGUUUAAUUUCUACAUCAAAAAAACCCAUAUCAGGGAAACCAAUAAUUCAAAUGUUUUAUAGCAUGGUAAAAAUUCCAGGUAAAAGUUACGAGAGGCGGACUAGUAGGCCUAUUAAAACCGUGUCCCGGGAUUUGUACCCGGGAGCUUCAGAUCGCGAGUCCAGGGUGUUACCCUGACCGUAGGGUGAUCUGCGUUGGGGAGUAUCCCACCUAUUAGUAUUAACUUCACUCUAAGUUGUUUUGUGGUAUAGACACCGGGAUCCCCACUGAUAGCUUUGUGGAUCAGUAUCGUAUGCUCUCCGUAUUCUGAGAGGAAAGACUUGGAAGUGUGAUUCCCUUAUGGCUUACCUUUGAAAAGGAGCACCAUGGUCGCUAAGCAAAUAAGAACUAACGGUAGAAAUAAUGUGUCUUGCUUCAUCAGGUACCCAAGCCUCGAGCCUUUGUUAUGGGCGCAACUGAAGUACGAUGUUGAGAGAAAAGCUGGUAGUGUGUCGUCACUUCUUGCCGUUGCCGCGCUCGUUGGCGAGUUUUCAUUUUCAGAUUCCCGCUCCCAGGCGGCUUAUUUCCAGCAGGCUUUUCCCACUAUACUCCCUUGGGCGUUAACAUCACAUGUUAUGGUAUGAUAUAUCUGUGUUAUUGUUUCUUAAAUCAUGUUUGAAAAGUAAAGCGCCGGACAUUAUCCACCGUCGUUUUGGCUCUAGCGGCGAAGUAUUAAUAAAUUACCAUGUUCUUUUCUUCUCGUUGCUAGCCAGCUUUUAGGCCAGCGGUCGAUGUUUAGCCCUAAGUCAGAGAAAAAUGAUGAUUUGACAAUAACAGCGUCUAUCAUCUUCGUUUUUACUUAGGUAAUAUGAACUCCUGGGCGAAAAAGUAUUAAGUCCCCUCUUCCGAUGAAGAGUUUUAAGGUUGUCAGCUGAUAGGGCGCAACGGGUAAAGACUUUGGAUGAAACUGUCGAGUCGGUUAUUGACCAACCUGUUCAUUCGCCCAGAAACGUAGCUGUUUCAUGGGUUAAUGUUAUACAGAAUUUCGUUGAAACCAAAUUAAGGCAAGUUUUGCCCAUCGUUCGUUGUUCGUCUUAUCUGAAGAAUUCGCAUACGCGGUCUGCUGUGUUCAGGGAACACUAGCUACCAAACAAUAAAGUUUUAAGAAGGCAAGGUAUGAAAUUUGCACUUUGAUCAGAACAUCACCAAUUGCAAUUCUGUCAAAUCGUAAGUUAAGAAUAGGAAAGAAAAAACAGCUGGAAAAAACUAGUGGUUUUCCAUAAAAGGUUUGACGCUGGUUAUCCGCCAAGUAGAGGCAGGUGAGUAAUCUAUUGGUGUUUGUCUCUCUCAGGUCCAGGCCUAUGCCCAGGUGACGUUACAGAAGAUGUGGCUUACGUGCCAGCGAGAGAAUCUGCAUGACGUGACGUCCAACCACGCCAUCAUUCAGUCUUGUGUGCACUUCUUGGAGACGAAUAAUGAAAGUGUACGUCAGAAAGUUCGCUUGCUGGGAGACUUUUUCUUCCUUGAUUUGCAUCCCCACCGAGACUUUUCUAUGCAGACUCUGUUCGAGACUCUUCCUCGUUUAACAGAGGUUACUGAUGAAGAAUGGAUUUCUCCCAAAGUGUUCACUGAGGGAUGGUUAGGCAUGCGCGUUUGAGGUUCUCGUAAGCAUGGCCUUAGUGUACUGCCGCUGUACAAUCCUGAUGAUACACAUCUGGCUCAGAUUUCUCAUGGUCCAUAUUUUAACUACGGUGAAAACGUGGGGGAACAAAUUCGUCGACGAUUAGCGGGCGAGAGAACGAACAGUAAAAACACUGCGCAAAUAAACGAUUCAGCGAGGACUUCUGAAGUACAGAGCGGUGAUGUCCAGAAAAAAAUCGUCCCUUGGAAAGUGAUUCCUCCCGACGCAGAUAUUAUAUCAGAAAUGCAACGGCAGCGAUUGGCGAACCUUGAGAAGAGCUCAGCUGGAAGUUUGAUAGUGGUUGCUUCACUAAUCGACAAGGCCCCAAAUCUGGGCGGCCUUUGCCGUACUUGUGAAAUAUUUGGCGUCCAGACCUUGGUGCUUAGUAACUCUCAUGUACUCGAAGACAUCCAAUUCAAAUCUCUAAGCGUUACCGCUGCCAAAUGGAUGAACAUCGACGAGGCUCGCGAGUCAGAGCUCAAGUCCUACCUGGCGCGCAUGCGCCAUGAAGGCUACACGCUAAUCGGCGCAGAGCAAACAGCAAAUAGCGUGAACUUAACUCAUUACCAGUUCCCACACAAGUCGCUAUUGUUGCUUGGCAACGAGAAACAGGGCAUACCCGUAGAGCUGAUUCAGAUGCUUGAUGUGUGCGUAGAGAUUCCACAGGUUGGCAUCAUAAGGUCCCUCAACGUGCAUGUCAGUGGGGCUCUACUCGUUUGGGAGUACACAAGGCAGAGGGUCUUGGGCGUUGCCUCAUGACUUCAAAGGUUCUUAGGUCUUGCCUCAUGAUCACGAGGCAAAGGGUCUUAGGUCUUGCCUCAUUACUGUAAAUGUAGGGCCACAUGUCGUCUUAGGUCUUGCCUCAUGACUUCAAAUGUUGGCGCACAAAAAUUAGAACAACCUUUCGAAAAGGAGGACAGAAACCGCGACUAGAACUUCGCUGAGUAAAACUACAAUGCGAAAUAACCAAAUAAUGAUAUUUGGAGAACGCAGAGCGCCAUGAGAAAUUCCUUUUUCUUUUAGGAAUUGAACGGUUAACUAAGACAGCCCUAGCCUCGAUAGAAACUACAUUAUGAAAAUAGAUCAAAAAGGAACAUUGUAGACUAAUAUAAUUACAAGACUCCAGAUAGGUUCAUUUUUUCAAUAUAUACAGUCAACAGUGCAUGAGCUCUAGUACAGUCCAAUACGCCGCUUAUAUAGUUUCAGUCACUCUUCGCAGAGACUGGAGAGGUUUGAUUUUAUUUGAUGUUUAUGAGAUGAUUGUUGC